AUGUUCUACUAUUUGGUACUUUUGGGGUCGCUUUGUUUGUGCAGCACAGAGCUUCACAGACGUUAUAAACGAUCCUGGAUUAUAGACUCGUUUGACAUUGUUGAGGAAUACCCAGGACCUUUUCCAUAUGAAUUGGGACAGAUUAAACUGGACCGGAGCUAUGUAGUAGACUUCAUGCUAAAAGGCAAAGGUGUGGAUGAAGAGCCAAAGGGUGUCCUUUCUAUUGAUCCAAACACAGGAGUCAUCAAAGUCCACCGCAAAGUUGACUUUGAACAGUACAAAGUUCUGAUGCUGACCUUUCAAGCUAGAAAUAGGUCCAACCUGGCUGUAGACACACAACUAGGCAUGGAGGUCAACAUACUGGACAUCAACGACAAUCCACCAGUCUUCCAGAAAAAUAUUUAUCAGGUCACUCUACAUGAGGCAACUAAACAAGGCAUGUUUGUUGUAGGUCUAUUAGCCAUUGAUAAAGAUGAGCCAGGAACUCUCAGUUCCACCAUUGAUUACAAACUCAUCUCUGUAACCCCAAGUACUAAAAAUGCUGAAUUCUACAUCCAAGAAAGUGGCGCAAUAUCUUUUAAAGGAUGUCUGGAUUAUGAGGCGGCUAAUAAAUACACUAUACUGGUUGAAGCGAAGGACCGUGGAGAGGUUGUGAAGUUAUCAAGCACAGCUACUAUAAUUGUCAGUAUGCUGGAUGGCAACAAUCAUCCACCAGUUAUCACAGGACAAAUGGGUUCAGGUAAAGUUGCUGAGGGGACGAAUGGUACCUCCCCCCUCACCAUACACACAGCUGAUGCUGACACACGUUUUACUGCAGCAUGGAGAGUCAGAUACUCUGUAAAGGGAGAUAAGGGUGGCCACUUCUCCAUCCACACUGAUACAGAUACCAAUAAUGGAAUCCUUACAGUUGUUAAGCCCUUAGACUAUGAAGAACAAGCAGAACUAAAAAUCACCAUUUCUGUUGAGAACGAAGAACCUUAUUUCUCAUGUGAGGUGAAAGAGAGAUCUGCAAAUGGCCUCUGGACUCUCAUCACAAAUCCACCAACACCAUCCUCUCGAGAUAUUGCCAUUGCAGUGGAAGAUGUAAAUGAACCCCCAUAUUUUCCCAAGCUAAUGAGUAAAAUAAUCAUGGAAGAAAAUGGUGCCAUUGGAACUUUUGUGGACAGAGUAACAGCAAUAGAUCCUGAUACCACACAACCCUACACACUACAGUAUUCCAUUGAACAAGACCCUGCAGGCUGGGUCAGAGUAAAUGAAACAACAGGCGAGAUCUUUAUAAAAAAGAGCUUGGACAGAGAGUCAAGUUAUGUGACCAACUCCACUUAUACAAUCACUGUCAUUGUGACAGAAAAGGAUGACCCUAAAGUGACAAGCACUGCUACAGUUCAAAUCUACAUUGAAGACAAGAAUGACAAUGUCCCCAUGCUGCAGGAGAACAUGGUCUUCGUGUGCCAAUCUGAUGGAGUGUCGAGUACAGAGAUCACUCCUAAUGACCUCGAUGGAGAUCCAUACAGUGGUCCAUUCAGUUUUGAAGUAAUAGAGGAUCAUAAGGAAGAAUGGAGCUUUGACCCUAGCCAUGGUAACACAGUGCAUUUGGUGAAACACAAAAGCGUUCAUGUCGGUCUGUACACAUUGGUUGUGAAAAUAUCAGAUAAGCAGGGAAGUUAUGUCCUCCAGAACCUCACUGUUGCUGCAUGUGAUUGUGAAGUCUCCCCAAACUGUCUGCUGCAGCGCAACACUCAACAGAAAGUGGGAAGUGGUGUGAUUGGAACUGUCAUCUUUGCCUCGCUACUGAUUUUCGCAUGUCUGCUGCUGUUCUUUACUUGCUCUUGCCGGACCGUAAAGUCUCUGCCACAAGUGGAUGACAUCUUAGAAGAUGCCCUGCUGCCUUCUAAUAUUGAGAAACCUGGCACAGAUUGUGUGGUCCUGUAUGGUCUACUAAAGGAAGCAUCUGAUAUCAAAUCAAAGGAGGCUCAUCCUGCCAGUAAUGGUGUUAAAAAGAUAUCUGGCAUUCAGCAGAACCAUCAGACUUUGGUGUGGAAGCAAUCUCUGCAUCGGAGUGACAGCCGCUUUCAGGGCAGAACCCUUAGCAGGAGGAGCUCACAAAGAAGGCACAAUAGCAAUUGUAGCAGCCAAUCUGCCAUACAAAGUUUGCUUAUGCAGAGGCUGCAAUCAAUACAGUCCAUAGAACACGAUCUGUCUGAUCACGAGCCUCACCUUUACGCUUUUGAGGAUGACUCUAAGAACUUUGUCGACCUGGACCCCAUAGACAUGCCCAAUAAUGAGUUUGAUCCUGAGCUGCUCUCUGGCCUUGGGCCAGCUUUCAAACAUCUGGCUUUAAUAUGUAACCCAGAGAUAUUCUCCACAACUGAAGGGAUGAAGAAUGGGACCAGAUAG